AUGGAUGUGAGCGGUAGUAUUAACUACACACCCAACCCGAUUGUCAUGAAUUUGUUUCACCCGGAACAAGCUCAAGAAAGCCGGACUCCAAAAUUCUUUGAACCAGCGGCUCUUAACCAGGGUACCACCCAGCCACCUAACCAGUCAUGUGGACCAGAGACUUUCAACUCCAACACUACAACUGAGGCCCCAGCUCUUCCUCGUGCAACCAACGCGCCAUCGGGAACAAACUGCCAUCCGGAAGCCGCCGCCAUGGAGUGGAGCCACUGCGGCGGCAGAUAA